AUGGCGGGCGGUAAAGCAGAGAAGCAGAGGCCCAACCCUACCAGCCUCCAGAAUGUAUUAGGAAACAAACCGUACGGUGGGUCUGCCUUGGAAGGCGAGUUUUUACCAUUGCAGCACAAAGGACAGCGGAGCGUGAUUUCACAUCCUCGCAACUCCAGUCACUCGACCAGCUCUAUACUUCAGCACCACGGAGAGCGGCACCUCCUCGGCUACUACCCAUGGGGAGCCAGAUUACUGCGACUCAACACCGGAUUCCGGUCAUUUAGAGGAGGGACAAGUCUGCAUGAAGAAGCUGUUCGCCUGAAUAGUUUAGCAGCUUCUCCCAAGAAGUGUCACUCAGACCUAGGCAGGAUUAGAGUACAGGCUCUGACCUCCAAGUCUUUGCUCUAUACUAGACAGGGCCCCCUAAAGGAGCUAAAACCAAAAGGGUGUGAGCAGGUCAAAAGGUUGGGGAGCAGCGCCUUCAAAAACAUGCAGCGCCGGCACACGACACUGAGGGAGAAGGGCCGCCGCCAGGCCAUCCGGGGUCCCGCCUACAUGUUCAAUGAGAAAGGCACCAGCCUUACGCCCGAGGAGGAGCGUUUCCUGGACUCGGCAGAGUAUGGCAACAUCCCAGUGGUCAGAAAAAUGCUGGAGGAGUCCAAGACCCUCAACUUCAACUGCGUGGACUACAUGGGGCAGAACGCGCUGCAGCUGGCCGUGGGUAAUGAGCAUCUGGAAGUCACAGAGCUGCUGCUCAAGAAGGAGAACCUGGCACGGGUCGGUGACGCGCUGCUGCUGGCCAUCAGCAAGGGCUACGUGCGCAUCGUGGAGGCCAUCCUCAACCACCCAGCCUUUGCGCAGGGCCAGCGCCUGACGCUCAGCCCGCUGGAGCAGGAGCUGCGUGACGACGACUUCUACGCCUACGACGAGGACGGCACGCGCUUCUCUCAUGACAUCACACCCAUCAUCCUGGCGGCCCACUGCCAGGAGUAUGAGAUCGUGCACAUCCUCCUGCUCAAGGGCGCCCGCAUUGAGCGGCCCCACGACUACUUCUGCAAGUGCAACGAGUGCACCGAGAAGCAGCGCAAGGACUCCUUUAGCCACUCGCGCUCGCGCAUGAAUGCCUACAAGGGACUGGCAAGUGCCGCCUACUUGUCUCUGUCCAGUGAAGACCCUGUUCUCACCGCGCUGGAGCUAAGCAACGAGUUAGCCAGACUAGCCAACAUUGAGACUGAAUUCAAGAAUGAUUACAGGAAGUUAUCUAUGCAAUGCAAGGACUUUGUGGUGGGAGUGCUGGACCUAUGCCGAGACACAGAAGAGGUGGAAGCGAUUUUAAACGGUGAUGUGAACUUACAAGUCUGGUCCGACCACCACCGUCCGAGUCUGAGCCGGAUCAAACUUGCCAUUAAAUACGAAGUCAAGAAGUUCGUUGCUCAUCCUAACUGUCAGCAGCAAUUGCUUACCAUGUGGUAUGAAAACCUGUCAGGCUUACGUCAACAGUCUAUCGCUGUGAAAUUCCUGGCUGUCUUUGGAGUCUCCCUAGGCCUCCCUUUUCUCGCCAUAGCCUAUUGGAUUGCUCCGUGCAGCAAGCUAGGACGAACCCUGAGGAGUCCUUUCAUGAAAUUUGUAGCCCAUGCAGUUUCUUUUACAAUCUUCUUGGGAUUGUUAGUUGUGAACGCAUCUGACCGCUUCGAAGGUGUUAAAACCCUACCCAACGAAACCUUCACAGACUACCCAAAACAGAUCUUCAGAGUGAAAACCACACAAUUCUCCUGGACAGAAAUGCUCAUCAUGAAGUGGGUCUUAGGAAUGAUCUGGUCCGAAUGCAAGGAAAUCUGGGAGGAGGGGCCGCGGGAGUACGUGCUGCACCUGUGGAACCUGCUGGAUUUCGGGAUGCUGUCCAUCUUCGUGGCCUCCUUCACGGCGAGGUUCAUGGCCUUCCUGAAGGCCAGCGAGGCCCAGCUGUACGUCAACCAGCACGUGCAGGACGACUCGCUACACAACGUCUCGCUUCCGCCGGAAGUGGCGUACUUCACCUACGCCAGGGACAAGUGGUGGCCUUCAGACCCUCAGAUCAUAUCAGAAGGGCUGUAUGCAAUAGCUGUCGUGCUGAGCUUCUCUCGAAUCGCGUACAUCCUGCCAGCCAAUGAGAGUUUUGGGCCCCUGCAGAUCUCCCUGGGGAGAACUGUGAAAGAUAUCUUCAAGUUCAUGGUCAUUUUCAUCAUGGUAUUUGUGGCCUUCAUGAUUGGGAUGUUCAACCUAUACUCCUACUACCGAGGUGCAAAGUACAACCCAGCGUUUACAACAGUUGAAGAAAGUUUUAAAACCUUAUUUUGGUCCAUCUUUGGCUUGUCUGAAGUGAUCUCGGUGGUGCUGAAAUAUGACCACAAAUUCAUCGAGAACAUCGGCUACGUUCUCUACGGCGUUUAUAACGUCACCAUGGUGGUAGUGCUGCUCAAUAUGCUAAUAGCCAUGAUCAACAACUCGUAUCAGGAAAUUGAGGAGGAUGCAGACGUGGAGUGGAAAUUUGCCCGAGCAAAGCUCUGGCUGUCUUAUUUUGAUGAAGGAAGAACUCUACCUGCUCCUUUUAAUCUAGUGCCAAGCCCUAAAUCAUUUUAUUAUCUCAUAAUGAGAAUCAAGAUGUGCCUCAUAAAACUCUGCAAAUCUAAGGCCAAAAGCUGUGAAAAUGACCUUGAAAUGGGCAUGCUGAAUUCCAAAUUCAGGAAGGCUCGCUACCAGGCUGGCAUGAGGAAUUCUGAAAAUCUGACAGCAAAUAACACUUUCAGCAAGCCCACCAGAUACCAGAAAAUCAUGAAACGGCUCAUAAAAAGAUAUGUCCUGAAGGCCCAGGUGGAUAGAGAAAAUGACGAAGUCAAUGAAGGCGAACUGAAGGAAAUCAAGCAGGAUAUCUCCAGCCUGCGCUAUGAGCUUCUGGAAGAGAAAUCUCAAGCCACCGGCGAGCUGGCCGACCUGAUCCAACAGCUCAGUGAGAAAUUUGGGAAGAAUUUAAACAAAGACCACCUGAGAGUGAACAAGGGCAAAGACAUUUAGAGCUCACGUCGGCAUCUGUGACUUCUACCAGCAUUCCAAGGCCAAGUUGGAUGCCCUGGUCACCAGCCCUGGCAGGGAGAGGUCCCAGGCCCACUCCUCUAGGACACUAAAGGGACCCACUGGCUCUGUCCUGAGCAGCCUUGCUGACAUCUGCAGCCCAGUGGCCUGCCUGGUCCCAGAACUGUUGUGAAUCCAGGCUGUUGGGUGAGACACACAACCACAGGAGGAGGGGAAGAAGCACCCCCCCCACACACACACAUGUGAGACCUUCGGUCCAGUCACAGUGACAUACGUCCCUGUGGCCAGCGCAGGAAAGUCCAUCUUGGAUGCACACACGUGCCCUCCCACUGCACACGGGAUCGUAGCUCUGUCUGCAUCCCUGGAAGACAAACCACCUCAUCCCAUGCACCCCCUCUCACUCCCUCCCUGCCACCCACACACAUCCACACAGAACUGGGAGGUGACCUGUGAUUUAUUCUUAAGUGCCAGAUGAGAACACAGAUAGCCUAAUAGCAAAAUAGUUCUAUUUGUUUAUAAAAAAAAAAAGUUUAAAAAUCCUAAAUCAAAAAUUGUACUGUAGGUAACACUGUUCAGAGAACAACAACAAAAUCCAAAUGAUGUAUUUUUACCUUUAUUAAGAUUAUCUUGUAUUUACUAUUUUUACCUAAAAUGGAAAGAAAUAAAAUUACCUCAU